GAGCCACUCAGCCGCCGUGUCUUCAUUGGGCACCUGGGUGGUGGGGGGCAUCACAAAGCUGAGGAAGCUGCGUGCGUGCGUGCGCGUGUGUGUGUGCGCGCGCGCAAGAGACAGAGAGGGACACGGGGAGAGAGAGAGAGACAGUGGGUAUAGGAGUGAGUGUCUUCUGAGACCGGACUGCACCUGCACAGAUGUUGCGGGGGAAGCUGGCCAGCCUGACGCAGUGCUGGACCUCGUGUGGAGUGGGCGUGGGGAGGUGCGGGUGCCUGGCCUUCAGAUGAGGAGAAGGGAAGGUUCUGACUGCUUAGGGGACAGCUGGUGUGAUACAGAAGUGGGGAAGGGCUGAGAGUGUGUGAUGUCCUCACACGGGCAGGUGGCUGGUGGUGAUGCCGGAAGCCAGGCCUGAUAGGGAGACAUUCAAACCAGGCUUGGAGCUGGACCUGGUGCUGGGGGCCUUGGGGACUUCCUGUGUUCAGGGGCAGGGCCGGGGCUGAAUCAGAUCCCGGAUGUAUUUGCCUAUUAGGUCGUGAAGGAGAUGCCAGUGGUGUGGGCCGGGGGUGUCUGGAGUUGUCACUGUGGAGGAGUCAGGGUUGUGUAGAGGGGCUGAGUCCAACAACCAACAUGCAGGUGAGGCAGAAUGUGAGUGGUUGGCUCGGGGUGCUCAAGGGAGAGGGACAAGUCUAAGUUUGACUUGAGCGUCUGAGUCUCACCUCUCAGACAAGACUGGGGGGACCCCAGGGCAACUGGCUGUCAGGCCCAUGACCUAGAUGAUGUUCUCCUGCCCCUUCGCUCCUCAUGUCUUACACCACCUUCUGGACUCACUGGUCAGUGGGAAUGAGGCGAGAGCAGGCACCAGUGCCACCAGCAGCUGCAGUGCCGUGUGGUCUUGGAGGACGUGGCCAUCUGUUUCUCCCAGGAAGAGUGGGGCCUCCUUGAUGAAGCUCAGCGAUUUCUGUACCACACCGUGAUGCUGGAGACCUGCGCACUUCUGUCCUCCGUGGGUAAGGCCCGCACCGCCCCCGCCACGUCCCGGACUGGGCUCUGCUCUUCCGCUUUGGUGGAGGGGCAGUUCUGCCUUUCCACAACGAGACUGUGGGUAAUACUUGCUGUCGUGGUUUCCCGGCAUCUGUGUCACUGGUGCCAGACCUGGGCCGUGCGCCCUGCACCCACUCUCCCGAUGCAGUCCCGUCCCUGCUGCUUGGAGCACUUGCAAGAUCGGGCUCAGAAGUCAGAGAUGUUCAAGUUUGUCUCGGAGAUCCCUCAGACCCCUUGUCUUUGGUUGGGUCACCUUGUCUAGAUGCAUGGAACUAUGAUGCCCCAGGCUUUCCCCCUUCCUCUUGCUGACAUUUCUUGGGUCCUCCCUGUGCCAGAAAUUUCAGGCACCAACCUAAUUACUAAUUUGGGGGCACACUGGGUUGUUUCUCUAGCCUCUCCUGUGAAGUUCUUGUAAUUUUAAGAUGUUGGAUAUCCUGUGUUGGAUUGCUCGGGGUGCACGCUGGCCUUGCCUUUUCCUUUCUUUCAUCUAGGACUGGCCUGUCUCAGGUGUCACAUCAGUAGUACCUACCAUGUGGACAUUACUGUGUCAGUGGCAAGAGACACUCAAAAGUAUGUGGCCCUGGUGCGAGGGAGCAGUGGAAGGGUGUGUCAGAGUUGGGGACCUGUCCUUUGCUUACCACUGAUUGAUGCCAAUGUCGGGGGCCACAUCUCAUUUCCCCCUUUCCUUCUCCACUUUCGUGUCUGAAUUUGAAUCCUCCUUCCAGCACAAUCCCAACACCUGCAGGCCUUGGCCCCUGACUGUGUCACUGUUCCCUGGGCGAGGCUUGCCAACGUCUGAGCUCUACUGAGGAUAUGGCGUGGUCCACACAUACCCUUAAGUAGUUCUGGAGUUGCAGUGUGUCCAUGUGGUUCGUUAUUUUCUAGGUCUGUUUAGUUUUCUGCACCAGGCUCACCGGUCACCAGCAGCUAUGGCCCUUGGCACAGCAGAGACUCAAAAACCCCGUCUCCUCCCCCCACGGCACCUGCUCUGUCUUGAGUGUUUGUGUGCCAUCCACCACCAGUGCAUGUGUUGCAACCUCAUUCCUGGUGUGAUGGUGCUGGGAGACGGCGCCUUCGAGGCGUGCUUAGGUCAUGAAGGCAGAGCUCCCACAAAUGGGGUUAGUGCUCUUCUAAAGGAGACUCCACAGAGCCCUGUAGCCCCUUCUGCUGGGUGAGGACAUGGUGAGAAGUUGGCAGCCUGGAAGAGGGCCCUCAUCUGACCGUGCUGGCACCCUGAUCUUGGAAUUCCAGCCUCCAGGACUGCGAGAAAUAAAUUUCUGCCGUUUGUAAGCCUCCCAGUCUGUGGGAUUUUGUUGUGUCAACCCAGAUGGACUAAGACAGGACCCUCCCUCGUGUCCUUCCCCAGAGUCAGGGCAGAGUCUUCCCCAGAGUCACGGGGGCUUGCCAGGCUGAGCUCUGCACCAGAGGCCUUCAUUUCCCUGUCUCGAGCCCCCCUCGCCCAUCAGCGGUCCCAUGGCCUUGUCCGUGGGUGUGUCUGACACAUAUUCCCCAUGGGGCCGCCACCUCCCACCAAAGUCAGGGGGCAAUUUACCAGCAUUUCUCUGCUUACAGGUUGCUGGCACGGAGCCCAGGACGAGGAGUCCCCUUCAGAGCAAGGUGAUUCUGUAGGAGGGUCACAGGUCAGGACUUUAAAACCAGGCCCACCCAACCAGAAGUCCCAGCCCUGGGAGAUGUGUGGCCCACUCUGGAAAGACCUUUUGCGCUUGGCUGAGCAUGAUGGAAUGAACCCUGACCAAGAGCCAUCUGUUCGUGGGGCAGACCUGCACCGGCACCAAAAGGAGCAGAUUGAAGACAGAUUUUCCAGAAGGGAUGAGGGGAGUCCUUCCUUUCCAGUGAACGACAGCGUUUGCGUGGCAGAGAGUAGCUUCACAUGCAGCAAAGGCAGGGAGGACUUCCCAGCCAGCACAGGCCUUCUCCAGCACCUGGCCCUUCACCAUGAGCUGAAACCAGACAGGGACACUGAGCAUGGGGAGACCUUUGAAGCUGGACAAAAUGAUUACAAGUGCACUCAGUGUGAGAAAGCCUUCAGCCAAAAACAGAUCCUUGCUGAGCACCAGAAAAUCCACACUGGAGUAAGACCUUACAAAUGCAGCAAAUGUGGGAUGGCCUUCGUUAGAAAAUUUCACCUUGUUCAGCACCAGAAAAUUCAUACUGGAGAAAGGCCUUUUAAGUGCACUGAAUGUGGGAAAUUCUUUAGGUACAACUCCACACUCGUUAGUCACCAGAGAGUUCACAAUGGAUUAAGCCGUUACGAGUGUAGCAAAUGUGGGGAGUUCUUUAAGUACAAUGCCAACUUCAUGAAACAUCAGAGAAUCCACGACGGAGAAAGGCCUUACGAAUGCAGAGAAUGUGGGAAAUUCUUUAGGUACAACUAUCGAUUGAUACGACACGAGAGAGUUCAUACUGGAGAAAGGCCUUAUGAAUGCAGCGAAUGUGGGAAAUUUUUCAGGUACAGCUCCACAUUCAUUAGACACCAGAGAGUUCACACUGCAGAAAAGCCUUAUGAGUGCAGUGAAUGUGGAAAAUUCUUUAGGUACAAUUCCACACUCAUUAAACAUCAGAGAGUUCACACUGGAGAAAGGCCUUAUGAGUGCAGCGAGUGUGGGAAGUUCUUUAGGUACACCUCCACACUCAUUAGACAUCAGAGAGUUCACACUGGCGAAAGGCCCUAUGAGUGCAGCUUAUGUGGCGAAUUCUUUAGGUACAAGUCCAAGCUCAUUAAGCAUUGGCAGAGUCACACUGGAGAGAGGCCUUAUGAGUGCAGCGAAUGUGGGAAAUCCUUUAGGUAUCACUGCAGACUCAUUAGGCAUAAGAGAGUUCACACCGGAGAAAGGCCUUAUGAGUGCAGUGUCUGCGGGAAAUUCUUCCGGUAUAACUCCAACCUUAUUAAACAUUGGAGAAAUCACACUGGAGAGAGGCCUUACGAGUGCAGUGAAUGUGGGAAAGCCUUUAGCCACAAGCAUAUACUUGUUGAGCAUCAGAAAAUCCACACUGGGGAAAGGCCCUAUGAGUGCAGCAAAUGUCAGAAGGCCUUCAUUAGAAAGUCCCACCUCGUUCAUCACCAGAAAAUCCACAGUGAAAACAGGUCUGUGAGUACCAUAAAUAUGGGGAAAUCUUGAGAUACAACUUGAAGCCACUGACUAGAGAAUUCCAUUGGCAAAGAAACUCAGGAGUGCAGAGAAGAGGGUGAAGCUUUAGGCACUGCUCUAAACUCAGUACCCGGAGGAGCACCUUACGAGGACAGCAGAUGUGCAGCAUGGUUUUGGUACAACUGGCCACUCAUUAGGCAUCAAGAGGUCACGGGAGGAAGGCCUUCUGAGGGCCGUCAGUGCGCAGCCUUAGCACAAUUCCAGCCUCAUUACACAUCAGAGAAUUCACGAUGGAAAAAGACCCUAUUUGUGCAGCAGAUAGAGGCCUUUGUUCAUCUCAAACUCCAACCUUGUUCUGCACCAAGAAGUUCACACCACGCCAGAGAGCAUUGCAGAGGGGGAAAGACUUCAGCCAAAUACCUGCUCUGACCUGUCCCUGGGACCUACUGAAAGACACUUCUUCAUUUCACAUUUAUGUUGGGGCAAAGUGCAUGUAGCAGUUUACCCUGUCUUUGAGUCACACAGUUUAAUAGUUUCAAAAAUUCAC